AUCGCAUAUUAAUAUGUAGUAAAAAUUUUCAUAGUGUUGACUAUUUUAUAAAAGAAAUUGUAUUUGAAAAUUGACAAUCAUUAAUAAUCAUCAAUUGUACUCUUGUAUAUUGAAAAGUGUUAAGUUUCUUUGGAUUCCAAUACAAAAGAAAAUCGAAAGAUAAGAAAAAUGGAUAAUGUAAAUGAAAAUCGAAUACAUAAUGGGGUUGUUCAACCAUUACUUACAGAUAUGUAUCAAAUAACGAUGGCCUAUGGAUAUUGGAUGAGUGGAAAAAUCAAUGAUCAUGCAGUAUUCGAUUUAUUCUUUCGGAAGAAUCCAUUUCAGGGUGAAUUCACAAUAUUCGCUGGUCUGGCUGAAUGUAUGAAAUUUUUAAAAAAUUUUCAUUAUAACGACAGUGAUAUUGAAUAUUUAAAACGAACAUUAAGUAAUAAAAUCAAUCCAGAAUUUUUUGUAUUUUUACGACAAUUAACGGCAAAAGAUGUGACCGUAUAUGCAAUUGAUGAAGGUUCUGUCGUCUUUCCACGUGUGCCUUUACUUAGGGUUGAAGGUCCAUUAAUUAUAGUACAAUUAUUAGAAACAACUUUAUUAAAUUUAGUCAAUUAUGCUAGUUUAGUUGCUACAAAUGCAGCUCGUUAUAGAUUAGCCAGUGGCCAACAUUUACGAUUAUUAGAAUUUGGUUUAAGGAGAGCGCAAGGUCCUGAUGGAGGUCUAUCAGCAUCUAAAUAUUCAUAUAUAGGCGGUUUCGAUGGCACUAGCAACGUAUUAGCUGGUAAAUUAUUCAAUAUACCCGUUGGUGGAACACAAGCACAUUCAUAUAUCACAUCAUUUUCUGGUUUCACCGAAUUACAAACAACAGAACUCGCUCACAAAACAACCGGUGUCACACAUAAUCUCCUCGAAUUGUCAUUAACGUGGCGUAACAAAUUAAUACCAAUAUUUCAAGUGGUUGGCACCGAAGUAUCGGAUGGUGAAUUAGCCGCACUUAUAUCAUUUGCCAUCGCUUUCCCAGAUGGUUUUAUGGCCUUAGUGGACACAUAUGACGUAAAGAGGUAUCAUACAAGUAUGCUUUGUGAUAAACACGCGAUAAAUAAUAACAAACAACCACCAAUCACUCUUAAUUCAAAUACUACGUCCCCCACGUCAGUCGCGUCGUCAUCGUCGUCGAAUCAUAAAGAUACUGGGGAACAUGAACAAUAUGAGCAACAGCAUCAUCGUGGAGUAAAACAAUUGAAAACAACGACAAAUAAUGUAAAUAGAAAUAAUAGAAAUAGAUCUACAUCGAUUUCAUCGACUUGUUAUAAAUGUAUAAAUAUACGUAGUGAGGAUCAUAUUAAUCGUCCUACUUAUUUAUCAUCAGAGCCUUGUUGGAGGAGUGGUUUACUAAAUUUUUGUGCAGUAGCAUUAGCAUUAAAUGAACUUGGUUACCGAGCACUAGGAAUACGUAUCGAUAGUGGUGAUUUAGCUUACUUAUCAAAUAUAGCACGACAACACUUCCAAUUAAUCGGGGAACAAUUCGAUUGCGAAUGGUUCUCUAAAUUAACUAUAAUGGCCUCAAACGAUAUCAACGAAGAUACGAUUCUAAGCCUCAACGAACAAGGUCAUCAAAUCGAUUGUUUUGGUAUUGGUACACAUUUAGUGACGUGUCAACGGCAACCAGCUUUGGGAUGUGUUUACAAAAUGGUUGAAAUUAAUGGACAACCUCGUAUUAAACUUAGUCAUGAUGUGGAUAAAGUCACUAUGCCUGGACGUAAAGAUGCAUAUCGAUUAUACAGUGCGAGUGGGCAUGCGCUAAUUGAUUUGUUACAACGAUCGAUUGAAGCACCCCCAGAAGUGGGAGUGCGUGUAUUAUGUCGACAUCCAUUUGAGGAAUCUAAACGGGCGUAUGUGAUACCUGCUAAAGUACAACGGCUGCAUAAGGUUUAUUGGGCGAAUGGUCAGAUUCAACAACCGGUAUCGACGCUGUCUGAAAUACGGGAUCGUGUCACGAUGUCGUUGAAAACAUUACGCACAGAUAUUAAACGAAAUUUGAAUCCGACACCGUUUAAGGUUGCUGUUAGUGAUUGUCAGUACAAUUUCCUUCACGAUUUAUGGUUAGAAAAUGCACCGAUUGGAGAAUUAUCAUGAGUUGAUUAUCCAUCAAAUCUUUGUUUAUAUGUUUAUAUUUCAACAAAAUAAAAUUAUGAAAAAAAAGAAGAAUAUAAUAAAUAAUUUGUAAAAAAAAAAAAAUAAA